AUGGCUGACAAGUCCAGUUUGACUCAGGAUCAAGAUUCGUCGCACACCAAGCGAGAUGACAUUGUUCAUAAUGUUGUCGGUGAUGUGGAAGGGGAGGCUGCUGGUCAGCGGAAACGUGGAUGGUUUCACCGAAGCGGUAGGUCUGAAGAACGAAAGCUUUUGUUGAAGCUCGACUUCUUCAUUCUCUCAUGGGCAUGUUUCGGAUACUUCCUCAGACUUUUGGAUGCUUCAAAUCUUCGAAACGCUUACGUGUCUGGCAUGGAAGAGGACUUGGAACUCUUCGCCGACCAAUACAAUUAUUUUCAAACGUUGUGGACAAUAGGCUACACAGUUGGCAUGAUUCCCAGCCAAAUCAUUGUCACCCAUGUCCGUCCCUCGAUAUGGCUCCCAUCCAUCGAGGUAACAUGGGCUAUCCUCACCUUCUGUUUUGCCGCCGUCAAGAACUACAAGCAUAUAUAUGCUCUGCGACUUCUACUCGGUCUCGCCGAAUCUCCAUUCUACGUCGGAGGCAUGACCCUUCUCGGAAGCUGGUACACUCCCAAGGAGCUAGCCACUCGCGCUACCAUUUUUUACUCGGCAUCAUUCGCGGCCCAAAUGUUCUCCGGAUACCUUCAAGCAGCAGUGUACACUGGACUUGACGGCGUCCACGGAAUACCAGGCUGGAGAUGGCUUUUCAUCAUGUGUGGCAUCAUCAACGUUCCUGGUGCGGUUUGGGGCUUCUUUGCUGUCCCUGACAGCCCAUAUGACACGCGCGUGUUCUAUCUCAACGAAAAGGAGCGAGAACUCGCAAAGUCACGAGUGGUUGAGGUCGGGCGCAAAAGAUUCGAGGGCGUGACGCUUAAAACAUUCAAGAGCGUGCUUAGUCGCCCGUUUGUCUGGGUCUUUGUACUCAACUACAUUUUCUUCUGCAUCGAUACCUACGGCCUCGACUUUUUUGCGAUCUACCUCAAAACCCUGAACGAGUAUACAGUCCAGGAGAUCAAUGUCAUCCCCACAGCAGCGUACGCAGUUGGUCUCGUCGGCACAAUCUUGUUCGGCCUGCUGUCUGAUAGACUGGAGAAUCGCAUCUGGGUCGCCCUUGUAAUCACGUCCUUGAACUUCUUCACGUGUGUUGUCUUGGCCGCUGUCCCAUCGAAGGCGGGCGCGUUCUUCGGGUACCUCGUCAACCCGGCCACCCUUGCCUAUGGGCCGGUUAUCAUCUCUUACCUUGGUGAAACCUUUGGCUCUCUAGCGGAUGAGAGAGCUCUCAUUCUUGGGAUUGCUCAAGCCUUCGGUGCGACUUUCAACGCCUGGGUCCCCCUUCUCAUAUUCAAUACAGGAACGCAGACGCCCUACUUCCGGGUAGGAUGGAUCACCUCGUCUGUUUGUGCGGUUGCGCAGGCUGGAGGUAUACUGCUAUUGGGCCACUUGGGUCGAAAGAUCAAAUCCAACAUCCACCGCUUCCGCGUCCGACGAACAUCCCCAUCGUCUCCAUCCACUCUCCGCCGCUCGGCUUCUCCGCCCGUACUGCCUCGCGCAUCUCUGCCGCCACCGCAGACAUCACCAGCGCCAGCUGGAGGAGCCCCGGAUAUCACUCCCGAUGUCUCAUCUUCAGGAGCCGCCUCGGCAGUCGUAGGGACAACGUCUCUGCCGCCCCCUACGCCGUCGAUACUGCCAAGUCCUAUUGCUGCUGCCCCUGGACUUCCAUCAGGCGGCACUGUUCCCAAUGUCGCCAACGCCACUGCCUCGGCGAACACGGGAGUAGCGGCGUCCUCGCCUAAGGCGCCCCGCGAUAUUCCCGCUUGCGACCGGUGCCGUGCUUUCAAGAAGAAAUGCUCACGCACAUUUCCCAUCUGCACGUUGUGUGCCAAUGCUGGACAUAAGUGUUCUUUCUCCACACCAGCUGCGUCCACGGCAGCCCAAACGCAUCAUCUGAGGGCGAGGAUUGAAUGGUUAACACGAUACAUCAACGAAAGCCAUCCCGUACCUGGAGGCGGAGUUGAGCAUCUCGAUACCGGAACGGACCUUGUUUCGCUCCUAGGGUCUUCACCGGGAGCUCUUUCCCAGCACCAAAGCCAGCAAUUGGAUAUCAACCCAUCAACGCCUGCGAAUGGAGCCACGCCUGGGUCCGCAAGUGUGGGAAGCAACCGAGGGGAUGGGUUCCCGAUCCACAACGCCGGGUCGGUUGUCUUUGAUCAGCGAAGUUUGGCCGUGAACGUUGACUCGGAAUCACCUUCAUCGAGAGGGAACGAUCAUAUGCGUGCUCUUCUCCAGCCGGCACCAGAGCCAGGGAGGAUACUUGGUAUCGAGUCUAUCCGGGAUGGAGGCUUCUCAUCAUCGAGUUUGCCGCGAGAUGCCAUUGCUCGUCGAUUUGUGGACGCCUACUUCCGCAACGUGAAUCGAGCAUAUCCGUUCGUGAAUAGGUCCAAGGUUCUCAGGGAUCUGGAGAACUUGGGCGAGUCUUCCAAACGACGGCGGGAUUCAGAUACGACCCUACUGUAUCUCAUCAUGGCCAUUGGGUGCACCACCCUGCAGAGAGCGGGUCAGAUACCCAACGAUACGACAUCCAAGUUCGACGUGGCUUAUGCCGACAUCAUCCAAGAAUGCUUGGCUCGCGAAGACCUUGAGUCGAUUCAAAUCCUGGUCUUGGUAGCACUGUACUCUCUCUUUGAUCCAAAGGGCAUCUCAACGUGGUCAAUAGCCGGCAUAGUCUCUCGCCAGGCGAUGCUGCUAGGCCUGAGCCGCAGAUCUUCCGAAGACAAGACGCUGUCUGCCAUGGAUAUCGAGCUGCGACAUCGUCUCUUCUGGAGCAUCUACGUCCUGGACAGGAUGAUGGCUAUUUCAUUGGGCUUGCCGGUGGCGCUUAUCGACGAGAACAUGGAUGUCCCGUUGCCCGGGCUGACAAUUGAAGAAUUCGCCUCUCCAGAUCGUCAACAUUUUGCCUCUAUCCUCCAGACAAACCGUCACGUCAUCCAGCUGAGGCAAUUGGAAGAUCGUAUACUCCGCCAGAUUCACACGCGAAAGCAGUCAGACGUCGCUGCCCUCUCUCAGGCUGACCGCCGUGUCAUUGUUCAGGAUAUCAGAUCGGAAAUCGAGAACUGGUACAGCAACGGCUGCCUUGUGUCUCCCUUGGAGCCAGACAACGUGCCGAUUCAUAAUUCGGUCACCUGGUUGAGUGCACGGUACUACCAUCUUUUGCUUUUGCUUCACUAUCCCUGCCACUUCAACUCAUGCGGCUCCAUUGUGUCCGCGGUCGAGCUCUUGCGCUUCGCCCAGAAGCAUCUCCAGUCUACCUCAGUCCUUCUCCAGCAACGUCAGCUGCCACUGAACCGGGUCACCCUGUGCCGUUUGUUCCCUGUCGGAUUGGUCCUUAUCCACAGCUUCAUCGCCUGUGCCGCAGAGUGCACGUCGUUCUCGGCCAGAGACGAAGUCGCCGUUAUUGUCAGCAUUCUCGAAGCCUUCCCCGAAGGCUGGACCCACGCACGGCAAGCAGCACACGUCUUCCGCCAGUUCAUGAGUCUGAUCUCAGGCGUACCCAACAACGGCUACACCACUCUUCACUUCCCCGGCAGCAGUAACAACAUGUAUGGCAAUAACGGACAGAUGACCUCAUCGAGGGAGUCAUACCAGGCGAUGUACUUGGGAGGUCUACUUGUUACGCUUUCCAUGAAUGGCCCGAUGAUUGCGCCGGCCAGCCACCUACUACGACGGGUUUCAGGGGGCAAGCUGCUUUCUCGCCGACAGGAACACGACACUCGGCCGUUGCGGGAAAUGAGGACUCUGCUAUGGACUAUGGAUGGGGGUCUUGCUCGUCACGCAGCCGAGUCAAACAUGGCGCACCUCGACAAGAACGCGUCGAACGCGAUCAAGGCGGUCGACCCGGUCGACCGGGCCCACGACAAGGACGGCAUUUCGACGACGUCCGCCGCCGCCGCUGCCGAUACCAAGCCGGAGCCCCCACAAGAGCCUGAGCAGGCCGGAUGGUUCCACUGGCAUGAGCCGGGCACAUCUCCCGAAGAGAAGAAGCUCAUCUUCAAGCUCGAUUGGUUUCUCCUGAGCUUCGGUUGUUUGAUGUAUUUUAUCAAACAGCUCGAUCAAAACAACAUUUCAAAUGCCUAUGUGUCCGGCAUGAGCGAUGAGCUUGGCUUCGGCCCUGGCAACGAGCUUUCUUGGAUGAAUACGUACUUCAACAUCGGCACUAUCAUCGGCGGAUCUUUCGCAAACCUGAUCAUCACCGUCGUCCGUCCUCGCUACUGGUUGCCAGGCUGCCUCUUGGUAUGGUCGCUCUUCGUACUGUUUCUUUUCAAAUGCAACAGUGCGCACCAAUUCUAUGUCCUCCGCUUCUUUAUCGGCUUGUUCGAGUCUAGCGCCUGGCCGGGUGUGAUGUUCACACUCGGCUCUUGGUACCGUAAGAGCGAACUUGCCCGUCGCUCUGGUCUGUUUGUCAUGAGCGGCGUCUUGGGUCAGAUGUUCUCUGGAUAUCUGCAAUCCGCCCUUUACACCGGAAUGGGCGGCAAAGGAGGCCUGUCAGCGUGGAGAUGGCUCUUCAUCUUUGAUUUCAUCCUCGCCAUUCCAGUCGUUAUCUACGGCGUUAUUUGCUUCCCUGACACUCCACACACCACCCAAGCCUUCUAUCUCAGCGACUGGGAGAAGGAGCGUGCCCGUCAGCGCAUCGAAGAAGAGGGCCGCAAGCCCGUCGGUAAGAUGAACUGGUCCGUCAUCACCCGCGUCUUCGGCUCAUGGCAGGUCUACGCCUUCACCGCCGCCUACUGCUUCUGGACUCUCACCUGCGGCUCCUACAUCAUCCAGUACUUCACCCUCUACCUCAAGUCCACCAAGAUGUACACGGUGCCCGAGAUCAACAACAUCCCAACCUGCGUCGGCGCAAUAAACUUCGUCUUCAUGGUCUCGACGGGUUACAUUGCCGACAAGAUGCGCAGCCGUGGACCGAUCUGCUUCGCCGUCGGCUGUCUGUUGACCUUUGUCUACGCCGUUCUCACCGCUUGGACUGUUCCUCAUAUGCUUCGUAUGGCUGUCUUCAUUCUUGCAGGAUGCUACGGCUGCUACACGCCUUUGUUGGCGGGUUGGGCAAAUGAGGCAUGUGGUGGCGACCAGCAGAAGCGUGCCUUUGUCUUGGGUUUCAUGGUUUCUGUUGGACAGGCCGUCGUCAUCCCGUUCCAGCAGCUGCAGAUGCCCAGCGGACAAGCUCCAGCUUUCGCGAAGACACAUGGAUGGGGCAGUGCUCUUGCCUUUGUCAUCGCGUUGACAGUUUGGACAGGUGUUGGGCUUCCCUUGUUGCAGAAGUGGAGGGAGUCGAGAGUAAAGGUUAGCACUCAUGAAAGUGACAGCGAUGAGGCUUGA